AUGACAUUAAACUUCAUAAUAACAGAAUUUAUAAUAUCUAAGUACCAAAACAGUGCCUCAAAUAUGGCUUCUAAUAGAAUUGAAAACGCACACAUAGAAGAGCUUAAUAAAUUGUUGCUUAAUUCUGGUGUUACAUGCGUACGAUCUACAUUAGAGUCGGAAGAGUCGUCGUUGUUGACUGAAGAGACUGAGAAGGAUGUGCAAAUUAAAGAAGAAGAGGAAGUGCUAGUAGAAGUUGAAAUAGAAGAAGAAACAACACAUAUUACAGAAGAAACUGAAGAAGAGAUGCCAGAAAUAUUUCCAACGCCAUCGUUAAGAAAAGUUUUGCCCGCAAAAAUUAGGGACAUCAAAAGGCAGAACCAAAUACACGUACUACCUGAAGAGUUUAAAAAGAAUAUAGACGCACAAAGAAUUCCAAAAAUUGCAUCAACACCCGCGCAAAAAUACAUCGAUGAAUUAGCCGAAUUAACAGGCUGCAGCUGUUACAAAAUUAGUUUGUCUGAAUUCUGGUUUUUGGAUACAUUGGCCAAUCUCUUGAGGAGAGCACAGGAAGACCAGAUGGACAAACGUAUGAGAAAUAAGAUUACUUGCAUAUUAUACCAUCGCAUCGACGAAUACAAACACGACUGA